AUGAUAUUGUUUCUUGUGGCAAAUGCCCUGAUUCUAUUGAAUUCUGUUUCGGCUGGUACACAGAUUUGUGGGAGUUUUGGGAACAAUUGGUCUGCUGAGAUCCGUUGUUUGAGGAGUCUUUUAUCCCAGUGUUGGGGUGGUCGUUCAGGGCCGGGCAGAGACGUUCGCUCACAUCCACCAUUUAUGAGGAAUGAGCCACAUCAAAGCCAACAGGGUCCGCAGAACCAUUGGACUCCUCCACAAAACACAAAUCAAAAUGAUCAACCCAGGCACAGCUUUGAAAGAAUCGAAUCUUGGAGACAAGCCGAACCACCAAAGCCGACCACUACCGCAAGACCAACUGCUACUGUCCCUGCUCCACCAACAUUCUCCUGUGGUGAAUGCACUCGAAAACUGAAAGAUACGAUGGCUAAAGAAAUGGACUCAAGACUUGAACGGACACGCAAUGAGUUCAACGAUCAAAUCAGAGAGCUCGAGACGAGAGUCCAGAAGGCGUUGACAAAUCACUCGCAACAAAGCGAUAAAGAGAUGCGCUCACUCACGAAAAAAGUAGAUUUGCUGACGACUCGCGUUUAUCGUUUUACUGACAGGGAAUACGUGUUCGUUAAUCGAAAAGAAUCAUGGUAUCACGCAUCCGAACAGUGCCAUUUAUGGGGUGGAAAAUUGGCAAGUGUUGCAAGUGAUGAGGAAAAUCUAUUUAUUUCUAAAAUCCUUCCUAACAACACGGCUGCUUGGAUUGGAUAUAACGAUAUUCAGCGUGAACAAGAGUUUGUUAACAGUGAUGAAACGUCAACCAAUUUCACUAAUUGGGCAACAGGUCAACCCGACAAUGGGAAUUGGAAUGAGAAUUGUGUGCUCGUUCACUCGAACGGUCAAUGGAGCGAUGAAUUCUGUAUGAUUGCUAGGGAUUUCUUGUGUAAACGA